AGUUCGAACUUAAAUUUCUUUGCCAAACACCUACAUAUAUGUACAUAUAUAUGGGCAAUAUGUACAUUAGGUGAUUAUUUUAUGGUCGCUUUAACGAUUAUUGGAACCGUCAAGCGACUCGAGCUGCAAAAAUUAAAGAAUUCGAUUGACAUGAAUAUAUAUAUAUGUAAAUAGUCUGUAACUAGUAGGUUACAGAGGUAGUAGUAGAGGCAAACAAUAAACAAAGCACCCAGCAACCGGGCAAACAAAGUCAACUCAGGCAUAUAUCCACAUCCUACUAACAAGAAGAGACAGACAUAUCGACCUCGAAUACAGUUGAACAUCUUUUAUAACUAACUCCGGCACAAUGACGCUCAAAAUCGGUAUAUGCACCAAGCAGGAUCUCGACGAGGCGAUGAAGCUGCAGAAGCGGGAGCAGUACGAAGAUGAGCGGAAGCGGCGCAUUUUUAAUGCCAAACAGCGUCUUUACGGGCUCGACCUAGAAAUGCUGGAUCGCCAAAUACUUGAGAAAAAGAAGCAGCGAACCGCCCAGAUGGAGUGCGACAAGAAAUUUGAAGAACAGGAGCAGCUGCAGAAGCGUCUGAUCCUGGCCCAGGAAAUGGAGUUGGAGAAAAAACAGCGUGUGGUGGACUCGGAUCUUAACUAUUAUCGCUGCCGCUAUCAGCGCAAGGAGCAGCGCCGCGAAUUCGACCUAAAUGAUCCGAAUUUCUUGAAGAAGGCACGUCCAACAAGAGUCGCCGACAAUGACAUUUCGCUGGGCGUGUCCAGUGCCCAGAUCUUUCAAGGCGAGGACCUCUAUAACUCUGACAGAAAGCAGCGGCAGCGGGAGCAGCAAAGAGCCUGGCUGGAUCAGCAAGUGCAGGAGCGUAAGAGGGCGGAGGAUGCUCGCAAGCAGGCCGAUAAUGUGUUGAUGGACAACGUUGGUUGCAGAGACAAGCAUCUGCAGGAGAUGGCCAAGUCUGAUCACCAGAUGCGCAACCAAGUCAUCCAGCGAGUGCGUCAGUUCAAUAUCAACAUGGCCAAGCAGAAGCAAUUGGACCGCGAAAGGGAAAAGCGUGAAAAGUACGAGGAUGACAUGGCCGAGAUCUAUAACAUGCUCUCCAGCGAUAUGCUAACUGAAAAUCCGGAUGUGGCUCAAUCGCGCACCGAUCCGAACAAGAAGAUUGCCUUCAUGUAUCGCGGCAUGACGCCCGAAGAACUUCGCGUGUUUCGUCUUGGACAAGAUCAGCAGCUUCGUUUGUCUAUUCAGCGCAAGACGGAGGCCCAGAUGAUGGACAAACAGUGGGAGCAAUACUCCAUUAAUAUGGACCGCACCCUGGUCCUUCACCAAAUCGAGGAUGAUCGCCGACGUAAGGCGGAAUUCGAUGAGCUGAUGCGGGCGAAUUCCAAGUUGGCCGUGGAGCAGGAUCGCCAGCGCAAGGAAGCCCUUGUGGGCCUAACCAAUGCCGUCUCCGAUGACUUUUACGAUCAGUUCAACAAGAACUCACGUUAGUGGGAUUGUAUUGAAGUUCCCAACCAAGACGAUUCGAGAAUAAUGAGCUGGAUGCGAUUAGAAAGCUGCCUCACUUUCUUGUGCAGCAACUUUCCAUAGGCGUCCAGAACAUUGUACUAUUUUAAAAAUACAAUCUUUGUUGGGAAUCUUCACGACGAAAUUAUAAUGUUCAUGUUGGAAACAAAGCAUUUCAAAUAUUUAAAAAUUU